UUGGUCGGCACAUCGUAACAGCGCAACAGCGUAACAGUAACGGCGCGUUACAGUAACGGGCGUUUGUGUAUCGUGUUUAUCGAUAAAAUCGAAACAUUUCCUGUCAAUCGGUUUUGCUUAUCGGUCAUUGAAAGCGAAAUUAAAGUGUUUAUUUGCGUUUUUUGGGUAGUUUUUCGAUGCCUGCGUGCCAAUCGAAAAUGCCGUCGGAACUUUCGAGCUGAAAAUUCUCGUGCUUGUGAAAACUGAUGUCCACCUUGGCCAGCAACCGACCGCUGCCGCUCAAGCUGACCAUUCCGUCUCUGCUGGAUCAGGAUCAGGACGAGGAGGAGUCGGAGGAGGAACGAAGGAGGAGCGGCAGCAGCAGCAGCCGAAGAAGGAGCAGCACGGAAGUGGCCGCCAUGCAUCCGGACUGCCUGCCCUUGCCGUUGGCGCAGCAUGGAGGCGGAAACUCCCCGCAAGUGCGGGAAGAGGACUGUGAACCGGCCGAGGAGUGCGAGGAGCAGUUGAAUAUCGAAGAUGAGGAGGAGGAGGCGGAUCAGGAGGAUCAAGAUCUCGACCUGGAGGACCCAGCCAGCUGCUGCAGCGAGACCAGCGUGCUGAGCGUUGGCCAGGAACAGUCCCAGGCCGCCGCCCAGGCCCAAGCCCAAGCCCAGGCUCAGGUUCAGGCCCAGGCCAGGCAGCGGCUCCUCAUUAGCCAGAUCUACAGACCGUCGGCGUUUAGCAGUGCCACCACGGUCAUAACGCCGCCGGCGGAUGCCCUGCAACUCUCCUCGCUGCCCGAUGACCUUCUGCCCUCCGCCACCACAGUCGGCGGUGGUUCCUCCUUCCAGGAGGAGUUCCUGCGCAAAUCCCAGCUGUACGCCGAGGAGCUAAUGAAGCAGCAGAUGCAUCUUAUGGCCGCCGCCCGGGUUAAUGCUCUCACAGCGGCAGCGGCGGGAAAACAGCUGCAAAUGGCCGCCAUGGCCGCAGCAGCUGCAGCAGUAACGGCACCCUCCGGUCAGGAUGCACUGGCUCAGCUGACUGCUACCGCUUUAGGACUAGGACAGGCGCCGCAUCAACAGUUGCUUCUGCAGCGGGAUCAGGUGCAUCACCAUCAUCAUCAUCAUCACCUCCAGAAUCAUCACAAUAACAACGAGAAUCUGCACGAGAGAGCCCUGAAAUUCAGCAUAGACAACAUCCUGAAGGCGGACUUUGGCUCUAGGUUGCCCAAAAUCGUGGGAUUGGGUGGGAAUAGUGCAUCCGGAAAUGCCACGGGAAGUACGAAGAAUACCAGUGGAACCAAUGGCAGCAGAAGUCCCUUGAAAGUGCCCAAAAAAGGUGCCGGAAAGCCCUUGAACCUGGCUCAAAGCAACGCCGUUAAUCCCAGUCUGAGCUUCUCCAGCUCCCUGGCCAAUAUCUGCAGCAAUAGCAAUGAUUCCAACAGCACCGCCACCAGCAGCAGCACCAACAACACCUCUGUGGCGCCUGUGGAUCUGGUCAAGUCGCCACCUCCAGCGGGAGGAGGAGGAGGAGGAACAGGAAGUGGAGGGACUACCUCUGGCGGUGGGAGUAAAUCCAGCGAGGAUUCGGGAACGCCCAUUGUUUGGCCAGCGUGGGUCUAUUGCACCCGGUAUAGUGAUCGCCCCAGCUCAGGUCGAAGUCCGCGAACGCGAAAGCCCAAAAAGCCAGCCACGUCCAGUGCAGCGGCGGGUGGCGGCGGCGGUGGAGGUGGUGGCGUGGGCGGCGACAAGGGUGAGGCCACGGACGGUGGCACACCGGAGGAUAAGCGGCCGCGAACGGCCUUCAGUGGCACGCAGCUGGCGAGACUGAAGCACGAGUUCAACGAGAAUCGCUAUCUCACUGAGAAGCGGCGCCAGCAGCUGAGCGGGGAACUGGGCCUGAACGAGGCCCAGAUCAAGAUCUGGUUCCAGAACAAGCGGGCCAAGCUGAAAAAGUCGAGCGGAACGAAGAAUCCGCUGGCGCUGCAGCUGAUGGCCCAGGGAUUGUACAACCAUUCGACGGUGCCGCUGACCCGCGAGGAGGAGGAGAUGCAGGAGCUCCAAGAGGCGGCCACAGCGGCGGCAGCCUCGAAGGAGACCUGCUAAAGGGAAGGCUAUAGAGAUCGAGCAAUAUCUACGAUUUAGUAUUUAUAUGGAAGGCAUAGCGUGUAAGGCCUAGGUCUUAAAACUAACUAAACGAUUAAGUUGUACCAUAUUCUAGUCCAGCGCACACGCAACACGGCAUCGAGUAGAAGAAACCAAGCAAAUCUUCAAGAAGAAAUCUUCAGAAGAAUACAAAAGAGACCCGAUUGCGUGUGUGUUCGUUUUUGUAUAAAUAGAUUCAUAAAUUCACAACUAAAUAAUUUAAUAAACAUUUAAAUUAUA